AUGUUGCACCUUCGAAGUUUCUCCGCAUCGUUCUUGAUCCGUUGGGCCCAGCCAAAUGUGGUCGCAGUUCAAAAACAACGGCUGUUCUUUACCGGAAGUGGAAAUUUGGCGAGAGUUGCCACACCCACGAAGGAUGAGCGUCCGCCCGUGAAUCGAUCCUUCCUGAUGAACCUUUUUGGUGGUAAGCUUCAAACGGCCGAGCUGUUUCCUUACCCAGAACCGCUGGAUGACGAGCAGAAGGAGUACGCCAGAGCCCUUGUUGAUCCUGUGCAUAAGUUUUUCACGGAAGUGAACGAUGCAGUCCGCAACGAUGAUACGAGUAACGUGGACAAGCGAACGAUCGAUUCGUUGUGGGACCUUGGACUGCUGUCCGUCUACGUGCCACCGGAACUCGGUGGACUUGGUCUUUGCAACGUUCAGUCUGUGUUAAUGGCCGAGAUCAGUGGAGGAUACGACCUUUCGCUUAGUCUGGCUAUCGGAGCACACAAGAGCAUCGGCACGAAAGGGAUCCUUCUGUUCGGAACUGAGCAGCAAAAGCAGAAAUACCUCCCGAUGUUGAGUACCGGACGAGUUUUCGGUGCGUUCGCUUUGACGGAGCCUGGUAGUGGGUCGGAUGCGGCCUCGAUAAAAUCGAAAGCCGUUCUGAGUCCUUGCGGAAAGCAUUACACCCUGAACGGUUCAAAACUCUGGAUCUCUGGAGGUGGAUUGGCGGAUAUAUUCACGACUUUCGCGCAGGUGGAAGUGACGGACGAGCAAACCGGUGAAAAGCGCAACAAAAUGACGGCUUUUAUUGUGGAACGUGGUUUCGGGGGCGUUACUACAGGACCUCCGGAGGACAAGAUGGGUCUGAAGUGCUCGGUUACGAACGAACUGUUCUUCGAUGACGUUAAAGUGCCCGUGGAAAAUCAGCUGGGUGAGAUAGGAGGUGGGUUUAAAAUCGCCGUCAACAUCCUUAAUUCGGGACGUUAUGGUUUGGGGGCAAUGUUAUCGGGAACGAUGAAAACGUGUAUCGAGAAGGCGGCUGAUCACGUGAGCAAUCGUGUACAGUUCAAACGUAAGUUGAUCGAGUUUGAGAACGUGCAGGAAAAACUCGCCAUGAUGGCGACCUACCAUUAUGUGGCCCAAAGUCUCACGUACAUGGUGUCUGGAAACAUGGACCAGGGUUCAGUGGAUUUUCAUCUGGAAGCGGCUGUAAGUAAGGUUUUCUGCACUGAAGCAACCUGGUACGUGUGUGAUGAAGCCAUUCAACUGCUAGGUGGCAAUGGUUUCAUGAAAGCCAGCGGACUGGAGCGAUUCCUGCGGGAUAUACGCGUGUUUCGAAUUUUCGAGGGAGCCAAUGACGUUCUGAGGAUGUUUAUCGCACUGACGGGCAUCCAAUACGCCAGCAAGGACCUUCGCGAACUUCAGAAAGCAUUGAAAAACCCGCUGGGAAAUCUGGGUCUUGUCCUGACGGAAGGAUCAAAGCGUGCUGGACGCACGGUUGGAAUUGGAGGAACGGAUUUACGAUCGUUCGUUCCAGCGGAGCUACACGAAGCAGCGAAACAGUGUGCUGAGAGCAUGGACAUAUUCAGCAAAACAGUUGAAUCUCUAAUGCGUACUCACGGGAAAGCCAUCACAGAGCGGCAAUUCCAGCUCGCCCGGCUCGCCGAUUGUGCCAUCGAUGUCUACUCAAUGGCAACUGUUCUUUCCAGGUCGGCUCGUGCCAUCAAAACAGGACUUCCGUCAGCGGAACAGGAACUGUUGAUGACGCAAAUCUGGUGCAAGGAAGCGAGCGAUCGCGUCCACCGAAACGUUAACCGCAUUCACUCGGAAUCCUUCACGGCAAACUAUCAGCGAAUGGCAACGAUAGCAAAAACUAUUUCCCAUCGUCGGGGGGUGCUAUUCACAAACCCGAUAGAAGUAGAUUAA